CUAGAGGCACUUGUCUUAGGAGAAGAGAGGGAUGAGCUCGCCAAUGCUGUAUCAGUUUAGAAACUCACUUGAACCAUGGAAUACCAGGCUCCUUUAGAAAAUGUGGAUGAAGAUGGAUACACUCAGUUAGACUUCAGCUCUCACAAGCUCACCAGGAGAUCUGUGGUCUCCGAGAAAGGACCUUGUGCUGCAUCCCCUUAUUGGCGACCCAUUACUGCGACUUUGGGAAUUUUAUGCUUGUUAAUGUUGGUGAUAGCUGUGGUCCUGGGUACCAUGGCUAUUUGGAGAUCAAGUUCAGGGAACAAGAUGUUGAAGAAUGACAGCUUCCCAUCAAGAAAUAAAAACAACCAGAGUCAACCCGCACAAUCAUCUUUAGAAGAGGGUGAGGAUACCACCAAGGCUCUCCCAACCACAGGAGUUCUUUCUAGCUCUUGUCCCCCUAAGUGGAUCACACAUGAGAAUAGCUGUUAUCUAUUUAGCACAUCAUUAGAUUCCUGGAAUAGAAGUAAAAGACAAUGCUCUCAACUGGGUUCUUAUCUCCUGAAGAUAGAGAGCUCCAAAGAGCUGGAAUUUAUAUCAAGGCAUGUGUCUUCCCAACCUGAUCAUUCAUUUUGGAUAGGGCUUUCUCACGGCCAGAAUGAAGGGCCAUGGCUUUGGGAGGAUGGCUCCAUGUUAUUGUCUAACUUGUUUCAAAUCAGAAGCACAGUUACCCAAAAAGAGUCAUCUCACAAUUGUGUGUGGAUUCAUGUGUCAGACUUUUAUGACCAACUUUGCAGUGUGCCUUCAUAUAGUAUUUGUGAGAAGAAGCUGUCAAUAUAACAGUGAAGAUGUUGCUGUGGGGGAACCAAGAGAAGUAAGGAGAGUAGAAAACAAAACAGAAAAGGGGAGAUAUUUGAGCUCAAAAUAAAGGCUGAAAAUAUCAAGAGAGCCCAGCCAUCUUUAAUCUCAGCUGAGAAACAGGAUGGGGAGGCUGUGUCACCAAACUCUAUUGGGCGACCCAGUAUCGUGUUCUAAGUAUUACAGCCCUAAAAACGGAGAUAGGGCAGCUGAACUUGAAUUUUCAUUCUCCCAUUGACUUGGGGUUUACCUGGGAUUGAUGCAGGCACCUCGUACUUCUGAGAGAAAAGUUAUAUUCCUUAUGCCUCUUUUUGAAAUGAAUACUUUGAAACGGAACAGCUUAGGGUCCUUCCUUGUCCUUCGCCCUGACUUAAUAUCACCCUAGACGCAAUCACCCAUAAGCGAAAGAUUAGACAACCUGAGCAUCAUUGCCUAUGGGUUAAAGAUUUAUCAACACAUGAUGUUUUUCAGGAACUUUCCUAGUCUGUUCUCAAUAUGCCCUUUGCACAAGUAUUAUUAUUCUAGGCAAUAACCCAGAAGAACACCGUCAUGGACACCUCCUGACUCCAGCUUUGAGGACUAAGAUUCCCCCCAAAGAAAGAAGAAUGCAUGUUUGUCCCAACCCUGAUUCCUAUCUGAAAACCUGUUUUUCUCCUUUUUUAUUAUAAAACUCACAAUUCUUUCUAAGGUGGGGAGGGGGCAGAGUCUUUAAGGCAUCAGCUUGCUGUGGACCCUCCUUUGCCUGGCAAAGCAAUAAAGCUAUUUUUUUUCUCCCUUCCCCAGAACUCUGUCUCUGCAUUUCAGUUUGGCACCAGCAGACAGAGGCCAAACUCCAGCAACAGGAUUAGCCACAAAUUCUUGGUGUUUCAAGGACAUCCUAAUUGCUGACUGACCCAGAGUGGUGGUGGUGUGUUUUUUGUUCUUGAAAUGUGCACAUAUGGCGUGUUUCCAUGACUUGCUUCUCCAUGUUAGCAGUCUGUCCCACACAGGUGGAAAUCUUUUUUGAAUGGUUAAAUGAAGACAAGGGGAAAAAAAAAAAAACAAAAACUUCACUACAACCAGAGCCAUUUUAUUAUUUUAUUCAUCAAUAUAGUCAUGAUUAUGAUUGAAAGCAUCAUAAAAAAAUCCGUGCUUUCAUCUUUUUUUCCUCAAAUAGCAGAGCGUAUCUCUGACUAAGAGAAUCUUGUACAAUAUGAAGUUGUAAGGAAUCUGCUCUUAUAAGAAAGCGUUCUCCUUUUAAAAUAUGAUCAAUCAAAAAAUCUGAUAAUGAGUGUUAAAAAAAACCUGUCCU